AGUAUAUGGUGUGUCAAAACAAACAGGUACUUCACCCGAAACUUUGGCUACUGGCGAAAAAUGGGUGUAAUAGGUCCUAGACCGUAUGUUUGGGCCGGGAACAUGAUAAUGCUAAUUUAUAAGCCGUUCCCAAUCUUGGAAAUGGAGUUAGCGAACAAAUACGGCAAAAUAUAUGGUACUUUUUGCGGGAACAUACCGGUGCUCACCGUAAACGACCCGAAGCUCAUCAAACAAAUACUGAUCAAAGACUUCCACGUCUUCUCCAAUCGCCGGAAAUUCAAUACCAAACACGAUAUACUCGACCACAACGUCCUGUACGCCAGGGACGACGACUGGAAGCGGUUGCGCUCCAUAUCCUCGUCCGUCUUCUCCAACGUGAAGCUCAAGAAGGUCUACCCGUUGCUCAUGGAGUGUAUCGACGAUUUCGUGGACGUGUUGCGAGAUUUCGCCAAAAACGGCGAAGACAUCGAUCUGAAGGAACUGAGCGGUAAUCUGUCGAUGGAUGUGAUCGCGAAGUGCGCGUUCGCCACGAGAAUCAACGCCUACACCGACGCGAACAACCCGUUCAUCACGAACGCCAAGAAUAUCUUCCACCCGAAUAUCUUCAAGAUAGGGGCCGGCCUUAUGAUGCCGGAGCGGUUGCUCAAGUUCCUCAACAUUACCUCCAUUUUCGACGAGACCUCCAACGAGUUCUUCUUCAGCAUCAGCCGCGAGUUAGUGACGAAUCGGAGGAUCCAUAAGAAGGCGUACAAGGAUUUCCUGCAGCUGUUGAUCGACAGCGAGGACACGGACGCCAAACACGAAGACGGCGCUCAAAAUGCAAAUUUGGCUAAAGAGGCGCCAAAUCAGACCGAAUCCAAGACUAAGGCGCGUCUGACGGAGAAUGAGAUCAUAUCGCAGUCGUGGCUAUUCUUGUUGGCCGGCUAUGAGACCGCCUCCACGGCCAUCGCCUUCUGCUUCUACGAGUUGGCCCUCAACCCGGACAUCCAGGAAAGGGUGUACGACGAGAUACAGGAAGCCAUGGGACCGGACGGACAGUUCGACUACGACACCCUCUGCGCGCUGCCAUACCUGGACGCCGUCAUCUCCGAGAGCCUGCGUCUGUACCCGCCGUUCACGCGCGUCGAGCGCGAAGUCAAGUGCGACUACCAGUUGGCCGACACGGACAUCACGCUAAAGACCGGCGAUUUGGUGCACAUCUCCAUCUACGCCGUCCACCACAACGAGGAGUACUUCCCGAACGCCAAUCAGUUCAUACCGGAGCGCUUCCUGCCCGAGAAUCGGCACCAAAUCACUCCCUACACGUAUAUACCGUUCGCUGUGGGCCCCAGAAAUUGCGUGGGACUUAGGCUGGCGCUCAUGGAGAUGAAGGUGUCGGUGGCCAACGUGAUCAACCAACAGUCCUGA